CCGCACCGCUCUCAGGCAGAGGAAGGACAGCCUGGGCUUGGCCACGUGGAGCUACGAUGCCUGGGCGCUGGUCCUUUGCCUCUCCCUAAAAAUCAGCACACUGGCUCCUACUCAUUAGGCACCUAUGGUGUUCCUGGAGCUUCACACCCAUUUUCUCCAUUCCCCAUACAACAUGCAGAAUUUGCAGGUUCCAGAGUGUCCAGCAUCACGGAGCCAAGCCAGGACGUGGGGCCUGAACUCUGCCCCUCACAGUGCCCCGCAGUGGAUCGCCUGGCUCCCAUAUGCCACAAACACUGCCUGUGAGCACCACUGGGCUGGACCGGAGCCAGCAUGGGGGGCACAGCCAGGAAGCAGGCUGCAGCCUGGCCUCAUGCUUUGGGCUUCUCUCUUCCAGGAUGGAAAUUUCUCUUUUUCUCUGGAGUCAGUGAAGAAGCUUAAAGACCUCCAGGAGCCCCAGGAGCCCAGGGUUGGGAAACUCAGGAAGUUUGCACCCAUCCCUGGUGAACCUGUGGUUCCCAUCCUCUGUAGCAACCCGAACUUUCCAGAAGAGCUCAAGCCUCUCUGCAAGAAGCCCAAUGCCCAGGAGAUACUUCAGAGGCUGGAGGAAAUCGCUGAGGACCCGAGCACAUGUGAGAUCUGUGCCUACGCUGCCUGUACUGGAUGCUAGGGGGGCUUGCCCACUGCCUGCCUCCCCUCCGCAGCAGGGAAGCUCUUUCCUCCGCAGGAAGGGCCACCCAUGAUACUCCACUCCCAGCAGCUCAACCUACCCUGGUCCAGUUGGGAGGAGCAGCCCGGGGAGGAACUGGGUGACUGGAGGCCUCGCCCCAACGCUGUCUUUCCCUGCCACUCCAACCCCCAGCUAAUAAAGCAGAUUCCAGAGU